CAGAACGGAGCUUUGGGUCAUAAAUAUAAUUCAAGUCGGUGAAGGUGUCUGACAACAGCAAAGUUGUAGCCAGAAAUAUUUGAGUUCUUCAUUGGGGCUCAGUGGACUUUUAAAUGUCUUGGGUUUGGACUGAUGUCUUCUCUCACCCGUUAUGGGCAGUAUCGACUGUGAUUUUGGGACUCCUCUUGCGGUCACAGCAGAGAGGGUCCUGGGACACCCGAGCCUGUCUUGUGCAACUGAAGGGCAAGACCGCCAUAGUUACUGGAGCUAACACAGGCAUAGGGAAGUUCAUUGCCCUAGACUUUGCCCGGCGUGGAGCUCGUGUUAUCAUGGCGUGCCGGAGCGAGGCGCGCGGUAGUGCCGCCCUGCAGGAAAUCCGGAAGAGGAGCGGGAACACCAACGUGCACCUGCGCCUGGUGGACACCUCGUCCCUGGCGUCUGUGAGGGCGUUUGUAGAGGGCAUCCUGCGAGAGGAGAAGGAGCUCCACAUCCUGGUCAACAACGCUGGGGCUUCAGGUCUGCCUGGAGAUAUCACCUCCGAUGGUCUAGAGGUGUCCUUCGCUACCAAUCAUGUGGGUCCUUUCCUCCUCACCAGCCUGCUUUUGGACCUGCUAAAGCGAUCGGCUCCGGCGCGCAUCGUCAACGUGUCAUCUAUGAACCACUGGAGGGGCGUGGUCGACUUUUCACACUUCAAGGGCGAGAACCUGGCCUACACCAUGGACAGCGUGUACAACCACACCAAGCUGCACAACAUCAUCUGCACUAACGAGCUGGCACGAAGGCUACAGGGCACAGGGGUGACAGCUAACUCCCUCCACCCUGGGGUGGUGAUGACAGAAGUGAUGAGACACUAUAACUUCCUGGUUCGGUUCCUAUUCAACCUGAUUGGAAUCUUUUUCUUCAAGUCUUCUGAAGAAGGGGCAGUGAGCACCAUCUACUGUGCUGUCGCCGAGGAGAUGGAGGGAAUAACAGGAAAGUACAUUGACAGCGACUGUUCCCUGGUUCUCCCCGCCCACCUGGCCAGAGACCCUGCCCUCGCAGUCAAGGACUUUGAGUUCUGUGAGAGAUUGACAUCCAAGCUCUGAAUAAUUACCAGAGGGUGAGAGAGAAAGAUACGGAGAGAGAGAGAGAAAGAGAGAGGCUAGUUUGCAGUGGGGUCAAAUUCCUUUUGAACUCCAUUUACCCUUGUUAUUAUGAAGGAUUAAUAAAAAAUGCAGGGUCAAUUAUGUCUAUAAAUUCUGUUUCUAUCUUAAGUGUAUUAUUCAAUAACAGACUUUAUAAAAACACAGUUGAAGUUGGAAGUUUACAUACACUUAGGUUGGAGUCAUUAAAACUAAUUUUUCAACCACUCCACAAAUGUCUUGUUAACAAGCUAUAGAUUUGUCAAGUCGGUUAGGAUAUCUACUUUGUGCCUGACACAAGUAAUUUUUCCAACAAUUGUUUAGAGACACAUUUUUUCACUUAUAAUUCACUGUAUCACAAUUCCAGUGGGUCAGAAGUUCACAUACACUAAGUUGACUGUGCCUUUAAACAGUUUGGAAAAUUCCAGAAAAUUAUGUAAAGGCUUUAGAAGCUUCUGAUAGGCUAAUUGACAUCAUUUGAGUCAAUUGGAGGUGUCCCUGUGGAUGUAUUUCAAGCCUAUCUUCAAACUCAGUGCAUCUUUGCUUGACAUCAUGGAAAAAUCGAAAGAAAUCAGCCAAGACCUCAGAAAAAAAUUGUAGACCUCCACAAGUCUGGUUCAUCCUUGGGAGCAAUUUCCAAACGCCUGAAGGUACCACGUUCAUCUAUACAAACAAUAGUACGCAGCUGUCAUACCGCUCAGGAAGGAGAUGCGUUCUGUCUCCUAGAGAUGAACGUACUUUGGUGUGAAAAGUGCAAAUCAAUCCCAGAACAACAGCAAAGACCAGCAAGACCUUGUGUAGAACAGCAAGACCUUGUGUAGAUGCAGGAGGAAACGGGUACAAAAGUAUCUAUAUCCACAGUAAAACGAGUCCUAUAUCAACAUAACCUGAAAGGCCGCUCAGCAAGGAAGAAGCCACUGCUCCAAAACCGCCAUAAACAAUCCAGACUACGGUUUGCAACUGCACAUGGGGACAAAGAUCGGACCUUUUGGAGAAAUGUCCUCUGGUCUGAUGAAACAAAAAUAGAUCUGUUUGGCCAUAAUGACCAUUGUUAUGUUUGGAGGAAAAAGGGGAAUGCUUGCAAGCCGAAGAACACCAUCCCAACCAUGAAGCACGGGGGUGGCAGCAUCAUGUUGUGGGGGUGCUUUGCUGCAGGAGGGAAUGGGGCACUUCACAAAAUAGAUGGCAUCAUGAGGAUGGGAAAUUAUGUGGAUAUAUUGAAGCAACAUCAAGACAUCAGUCAGGAAGUUAAAGCUUGGUCGCAAAUGGGUCUUCCAAAUGGACAAGCAUACUUCCAAAGUUGUGGCAAAAUGGCUAAGGACAACAAAGUCAAGGUAUUGAAGUGGCCAACACAAAGCCCUGACCUUAAUCCCAUAGAAAAUGUGUGGGCAGAACUGAAAAAGCAUGUGCGAGCAAGGAGGCCUACAAACUUGACUCAGUUACACCAGUUCUGUCAGGAGGAAUGGGCCAAAAUUCAACUUAUUGUGGGAAGCUUGUGGAAGGCUACCCGAAACGUUUGACCCAUGCUAAACAAUGGAAAGACAAUGCUACUGUUGUGAUUUUUAUGAAUAAUGACUAAAUGAUGUAUACAUUUAACAUAAGAAAGGAAUGUAUGUGUGUGUCGAAAGAGAACAAAGAGGGGCAUUAACCUAUGUUUAAACCGACCCGGCUGUAACUCUGGGGAGAUAAGAUAGGACAGGGAGAGCCCCUCCAGAGCUCUCGUAUCUGGGGGAGACUGGAACUAUCAGCUGAGUGGUAAUAAACUGUGGUGAGACUCAUGAGAAAAUCCCUAUGUUGGUGUGUAUGUAUGUGUGUAGGGUAAGAGAAAGUUAUAAAAGGAAUGUCUUUGUAUAUGUACAGCAGCGCUCUCGUAAAUAAACCUUGCUGACUAUGGUAGACUGGCCUCUGACUGUUUCAUUUUAAUAAGAACCUUACAAAUUCUUAGUGACAGACAGAGUAUUUUAAUUGAAGUUCAGUUUAUGAACAUUGAGAACAAAAUUCUCAUAACAACUACCAAAUACUAACCGAGUAUAUGUAAACUUCUGACCCACUGGGAAUGUGAUGAAAGAAAUAAAAGCUGAAAUAAAUAAUUCUCUCUAUUAUUCUUCUGAUAUUUCACAUUCUUAAAAUAAAGUGGUGAUCUUAACUGACCUAAGACAGGGAAUUAAUACUCGGAUUAAAUGUCAGGAAUUGUGAAAAACUGAGUUUAAAUGUAUUUGGCUAAGGUGUAUGUAAACUUCUGACUUCAACUGUAUCUUAAAAUAGAUGUAGAUUUAGCCUGUUCUGGAUUUAACAAAGCCGAUUGCAAGAGGGAGGAUUAGAGCUACUCUAGGACUAAAUUGAAGCUUAAAUUAAAACUUCAGAAGGAGGUUUAACUUCUGCUUAGUACUGUUUGUGAGGGAGCAUGGACUAUUUGGAAUAUCUAAAUGAAGACCAACAUGCCUUAGAGGCCAGCCAGAUGAGUACUUGUGGAUAGGAGUAAUCCAUUAAAUUACUUUACUGAAAUAUCUUUUUGAGACCGCUUUCGUACUUACAAAGAAAAUGCAUUGGAGAUAGUAUAAUUUGCUUGAGCCUAGACUUUCCUCUCCGUCUCAAAGAGGAAGGCCUUUACCCAGUUUUGAUUGAGGUUUUUGGCAUCUGGAAUCUUUCAUCGUGAAACUGGGGAUUCGUGUGGUGCCAGUGAAGCAACUGUGUGUAGAAUAGUCUGCAGGACAAUUUGUGAACUGAGGAGUCUUUACAUCAAGUUUCCUGAUGCUGCUGGCAAAACCAACUAUAAAAUGCAAUUCUAUGAAUAUGGGCACUUCCCAGGAGUGAUUGGCUGUAUAGAUGGAUGUCAUGUUCCCAUCAAGUGUCCAUCAACUCCUGAUGCUGAGGAGUACAGGAACCGUAAGAAUUGUUUUUCCAUCAAUGUUCAGGGUGUAUGUACUCCUAAUUUAGAGUUUUCAAACAUUGUUGCCAGUUGGAAAGGUGCAACUCAUGAUUCUUCUCAACUCUACCUGAAGCAGUAUUGCUGUCCUGAUCCUCCAAUGGAAGAUCAGGAUCAAGCAGAUGUGCCCAUGGCUGAGGCAAGCAAUGACCAAGCACUUCAACUAGAUGAGAUGCAUUUAAAUAUGGAAUGUAUCAUUAUGACUUAUUUCUGCUUUUAUAAUGUUUGUUCUGUACACAUUUCAAAUAGUUUGCAGCAAAAUGAAAUGAGUGACUAAACCAAGGCUGGUUUAAAAUGUAGUUUGUGGUGAUUAAAAUACUCUCACUCAUGAAUAUC